GAGUAAAGCAGGCACAUUCCUCUGCCCGGAUGUACUCUCCCCCAACACGGCGGGAGGGGGCGGUCAACGAGGAAUGAUUUUCUAUUUGACUUCAUUUUUCAGGACAUCCGCCCGCCGCCAAGGCUCCUGUGUCGCUCGUUUCCAUGGCGCCGGCACCCUUGCGCGCGAGCGACUGUUUGAAGGCAGUAAGCGACGGCCGGUGACCACGGAGAAAUAAGACACCGGAAUGGUACAGGCAAUUAGGAGAGGCGGCAAACCAAGAUGAACAGUGAAGUAUUGCUGUUUGGCUGAACAAAGUACCACUGAUGCAUGAUCACUGUGUCUUCUUCAAACAAUGAAAAGCUCUUCACUCAUCCACUCCUCCACAAACGGAAAUCAACAUUGGUUUAAGCAAUAACCAUGGAGGAUGAGCAGGAUGACGAUUUCUUUGAUCUGUCUAACUACAGUGAGAACACAAGCGAUCCAUAUUACGUGGUUGGCGAGAUUGUCGAACACUGCUCUACAUCUAACGUCAACGAAUUUGGCUCGGCCGUAAUUCCUUAUUUUUACUACAUCAACUUCCUCCUGAGUUACUUAGGCAACUGGCUUGUUUUGUUCAUAAUCGUCAAGCUUGAGAAGGUCAACAGCGUCACUAACAUCUUCCUCAUCAAUCUGGUCACCUCCAACAUCCUGUUUGCAUCCAGCUUCCCCUUCCUGGCCAAAUACCAUUCCUCAGAGUGGAUCUUCGGCACGGUGCUUUGCAAGUUGGUCAGCAGUGCCCAUCUGAUUGGUUUCUACAGUUCCAUCCUCUUCCUCACCCUGAUGACCUUUGACCGCUACCUGGCCGUGGUGCACGCGGUGUCCGCUGCCAAGAGCAGGAGGAGGGCGUACGCCAUCGGGGCGUCCUUGAUCGUUUGGUUCAUCAGUGUGCUGGCCAGUCUAAAUGAGCUGGUGUUCAAAGGCGUGCGGAAGCACAGCGAGCACGGCCUGAUGUGUGAGGAGACAGGAUACGAUGCCGACGUCGUCAAACAGCGGAAUCUGGUCAGCUACUACAUGCAGUUCCUCCUCUUCUUCCUGCUGCCCCUCUUCAUGGUGAUGUACUGCUACACCUGCAUCACCGUGCGGAUCAUGUCCACUCGCAUGAGGGAGAAAUGGCGCUCGGUGAAGCUGAUAUUCAUCAUCAUGUUCACCUUCUUCGUUUGCUGGACUCCCUAUAACAUUGUGAUCCUGCUGAAGGCCAUUCAGAUCUCCACAGCCGACGAUGCAAACCGGACGUGCGAUCAGGUCGAGGCGUUGAACUAUGCGUUGUACGUGACCAGAAACAUAGCGUUCUUGUAUUGUUGCAUCAGCCCCAUGUUCUACUCCUUUGUGGGUAAGCGGUUUCAGAGUCACUUCAGGAAGCUGUUGUCGAAGAACAUGCCUUGUCUGCCACGUCACUUCAGACCCGCAAGUCUGAGCAGCAAUUCCACCUCACGAAGGACGUCCCACACAAACGACUUUUAACAUUUAGGAGACAAUUUACUUUGUUUUAAUUUGAUAAUUGAAUGGGAAAAAAUUGAACGAUGAUUAUUGUUUUGUCAGUUUACAUUUAAAUGUAGUCAUUUAGCAUACACCUUGUAAAUGAAUAUCUAAUGAUCAAUUUAAAUUAUGUAGCCCUCUUUGUUAAGGCACUCAAAGCGCUUUAAUCAGUUAGUUUGUUUAUUAAUAAUAAAUAACAAUAAUAAUACAGAGCACUUACAUUCGAAAAUCUCAAAGUGCUACAGAGUAAAAAAAGCAAAGAAAAAAAAAGGGUUGUUAAAACAUAUAAUGCAUAAACAGUCAAAGAGGAAUUUGCUAAAGGGUUAUUUCAAAAGAUAAGUCUUAAGGUUUUGUUUAAAAGCAGCUGUAGUCUGUGGGGCCUUCAGGUGGUCAGGGAGGUCGUUCCAUAGUCUGGGGGCAGCAGCGCGGGGCCAUGGUGCAGAGCUUGGUCUUAGGUGGUCUGAGGGUGUGUGCUGAAUGCUGAUGCAGAGGGAAGGGUGUGGAGGUGGUCUGGGGGUUGAGGAGCUCCUGGAGGUAGGGGGGGGGGGGGGGGGGCAUGUCCGUGGACUGCACUGGUGGGUGAGGGGGGAGACCUUGCAUUCAAUUCUGAAUGCGACAGGGAGCCAGUGAAGGGAUUUGAGGAUGGGGGUGAUGUUCAUAUUUACGUACCCUCAUCAGGAUCCUGGCAGCGCUGUUUUGUGUGUGCUGGAGCUUCUGGAUGCUCUUGCCAGAGAUCCCGAUGAGGAGUGCAUUGCAGUAAUCCGACCUGGAGGAGACAAAGGCGUGGACGAGCUUCUCUGCAUCUGCCUGGGUGAGUGUAGGCCGGAGUUUGGCAAUGUUUUUGAGGUGGUAGAAUGCGGUCUUGCGGAGGUGAUUGAUGUGGGUGUCUUAGUUCAAUUGCUGGUCCAUUUUCACACCCAGGUUGGUGACAGAUAUGGAAGGGGGGAUGUUUCGGCCAGAGAAAGUGUUGCGGGUAAUGUGGGAGGAGCGGAGCUGAUGUGGUGGGCUGAUGAGGAUGGCUUCUGUCUUUGAGCUGUUCAAUUAAAGAAAGUUGAGCUUUAUCUACGCCUUUAUCUCCUCCAGGCAGGUGGUCAAUGUGGAUGUUGGCAGGGGGCAAGAAGGAGUGGGGGUGGUUCUGAGGUACAGCUGUGUGUCAUCAGCAUAGCAAUGGUAGGAUAGCCCAUGCCUGCUCAUGACGCUGCCCGGGGGGAGCAUAUAGACGGAGAAAAGGGUGGGGCCCAACACCGAGCCCUGGGGGACACCGCGGGUGACACUGUGGGUGUGUGAUUUAGCUUUGCCCAGGGCGACGUGCUCGGUUCUGCCGUUGGGGUAAGACGUCUUAGUUGUCCCCUAAAGGAAAUUAUUUUUCACAGUUUCCCUCCUUCAUUUCUCAAAUAGUGAGUUUGUGGUUGAGAAUAACAGCUCAUAUUAACGAGGCUGAGAACAAUCUAAGUUUGUAUUGAAUUUAGAAAAGCUACAUUUAGGUUCUCGAAGGAUGAAAAAUCGCAAGAGGAAGUGUAAAAUAACGGAGUUGUUCGGCCGUCAACUAGCUUUGUCAUGACAACAUUGCCAAUUUUAACCAUUUUUGCUUGAAAUAUAAUUCUAAAGAGAGAAUAUAAUAGAUAUUGAAUUUAGAAUUCCUGCAUUUUUAAUGUUAUGCUGUAAAACCAUUUUGUGUAGCGUAAGCGUUGUUGUGUUUCUACUGUUAUUUCAUUUUAGCUGUAGAACAUGUGUAACAAAUGAAGAUAAAGCUGGCGCUUGGAUGGUUUGCGCUGCUCUUCCUAACAGCAGUGGUCGAUCCCCGGCCAGUAGAGUCGAUGCGCUACCGAAGCCGGAGCUACUGCAACUCCACCGUCUACCGUCACUCUUCCACCACUUAAAAUAUGUGUAUAUAUAUGUUUAAAAUAAAUCUCUCUAGCUCUUCUUUUUAUAUCGUAGCUCUUAAUAGUGCUACGACGGCUGCUUUGCCUUGUUCCUAUUUUUAAGUUGUGUGAUCGGGAAGCACUAUUUGGGGUUCAGCUUCAUAGUUAAAAGUAUAAAGUAUCUGCUAAUGAAUGUAAUGUAGUGAAUAAAAAAUAUUAUGUUCUUAAUGUUAAUUUUCCAAAUUUUAAUAAAGAAAAAUAUUUUCUUAA